UUAAUCUGUUGAUUCUGGCGGGGCUCUCAUUUCUUUUUAAUUCGAGUUCGAUGACAAUAUGGGAUUUUCAAUGCGUGUGAUUAAUUUGGGAAUAGAAUUUGAUUAGUAGUUUGUUUCGAGUAGUAGUGUGAUUUGAUCGCUGAUAUGUGAUUUUAAAGUGCAAGAAUUUAAGGUUUUUAAUAUUCUUAACUCGAUAUUCUUGCUUUAGUUAGUUGGGUCCAAAAUUAGGGUUUUUUGGGUAGGAGAUAGUUGAAGAAGUUUGUUUCUUUACAAAUUGUGAGGUUAAUCUGGGAAAUCUUUUGGGGCUUUCUUUAGCAGUGUUUCCAGUCUUGAUUGAUUUCUCUGAGUGGAAUACUGUUGGAAAAGUUGUACCUUUGUUCUCUUGAAGCACAUGUAAUUCGGAUUCUAAUUUUUGUUAUCUGGUUUUUCUAUUAUACAUUGUUUUUAGAUCUCUGCCACAAAUUGUUGAGGGCGUAUUUAUUAUUAGAAAGGCCUGGCUCUGGAUAGCUAUUUAGACUCCAGCCACCAGGGUUCGGUGCCUCCAAUGGCACCUUCUCGGGUGGCUGGAGGGUUAACCCAAUCUUCCUCAAGUUCUGGAAUUUUCUUCCAAGGAGAUGGGCAGUCCCAGGCUGUAGUUAACUCUCGCUUGAGCUCACCUUAUGAGAACUCAUCUAAUUCAAUUCCUGGAACUGGGCGUCCUAAUUUGGGUCCGGUUUCGGGGGACAUGAACAGUGCGGUGUUGAACAGUGUGGCGAACUCAGGACCUAGUGUCGGGGCAAGUUCUUUGGUCACAGAUGCAAAUUCGGCAUUGUCAGGAGGUCCCCACUUGCAGAGAAGUGCUAGCAUUAACACGGAUUCAUAUAUGCGCUUACCAGCAUCUCCGAUGUCGUUUUCUUCCAACAAUAUAAGCAUGUCAGGUUCAUCGGUCGUUGAUGGAUCCUCUGUAGGCCAGCAGGGCUCUCAUCAAGACCCAAGUGUCCAACAAAUGCAGCAGAGUCAGCAGUUGCAGCAAGGGGCCUCAAGUGCUACAUCUUUGCCCACAACACAAACUGGGCAAGUUUCACUUCCCAUGGGUCCACGAGUCCCGGGGUCCUUCAUGCAAGACCCUAAUAAUCUAUCCCAGGUGCAGAAGAAACCUCGAUUAGAUAUCAAGCAAGAAGACAUUCUGCAGCAGCAGGUGCUGCAGCAACUGCUGCAGAGGCAGGACUCCAUGCAGUUGCAAGGUCGAAACCCUCAAUUGCAAGCUUUAAUCCAGCAGCAGAGACUUAGGCAUCAGCAACAGCAGCAGUAUUUGCAGUCGAUGCCUCCAUUGCAGAGAGCCCACUUGCAGCAACAGCAGCAACAAAUGCAGUUAAGGCAGCAAUUGCAACAACAGGGCAUGCAGCAAGUAGCUGCAAUGAAGCGCCCCUUUGAUAGUGGUGUAUGUGCUCGCCGGCUAAUGCAAUACUUAUAUCACCAGCGGCAAAGGCCAUCUGACAAUACUAUUGCAUACUGGAGGAAAUUUGUGGCAGAGUAUUAUUCUCCUCGUGCAAAGAAAAGGUGGUGUUUAUCACAGUAUGAUAACGUCGGGAGUCAUGCACUUGGUGUUUUCCCUCAAGCAGCUAUGGAUGCCUGGCAGUGUGACAUUUGUGGGUCUAAGUCUGGAAGGGGGUUCGAGGCAACUUUUGAAGUACUCCCAAGACUCAAUGAAAUCAAAUUUGGCAGUGGAGUAAUGGAUGAGCUUCUGUUUUUGGACUUGCCCCGUGAGUGUAGAUCUACUUCUGGAAUGAUGAUGUUGGAGUAUGGAAAAGCAGUUCAAGAGAGUGUAUAUGAGCAGCUUCGUGUUGUUCGUGAGGGUCAGCUUCGCAUCAUAUUCACUCAGGAAUUAAAGAUAUUGUCUUGGGAGUUUUGUGCAAGGAAACAUGAAGAACUUUUUCCUCGUCGUUUAGUUGCACCUCAGGUAAACCAGUUACUUCAUGUGGCACAAAAAUGCCAGAGCACAAUAUCUGAUGGUGGAUCUGAGGGUGUUUCUCAGCAGGACUUGCAAACAAACAGCAAUAUGGUUCUGACGGCUGGACGACAGCUUGUGAAGAGUUUGGAGUUACAAUCACUGAAUGACUUGGGUUUUUCGAAAAGAUAUGUGAGAUGUUUGCAGAUUGCUGAGGUUGUCAAUAGCAUGAAAGAUCUCAUAGAUUUUUGUCGAGAGCACAAGGUUGGGCCGAUUGAGGGCUUGAAAACUUAUCCUCGACAUGCCACUACAGCCAAGCUCCAAAUGCAAAACAUGCAGGAAAUGGAGCAGCUAGCAAAUGUACAGGGUCUGCCAACUGACAGGAAUACUCUCAAUAAGCUUAUGGCAUUGCAUCCUGGAAUAAACAAUCCAAUGGGCAACAACCAUCACAUGGUUGGUCGAGGGACUUUAAGCGGAUCAGCACAAGCUGCUUUGGCACUUACUAACUACCAGAAUCUGCUCAUGAGACAGAAUUCAAUGAAUUCAAACCCUAACUCACUUCAUCAGGAAGCUUCAUCUUCCUUCAAUAAUUCUAACCAGAGUCCAUCUUCAAAUUUCCAAGGGCCUGCUGCCUUAUUACCAGGAUCCAUGCAGACCCUGCCUGUUAGUGGCUUAUCAAGCCCUCAUUUACCAGCUGCUCAGCAGCCACAACAGCAGCAGCAACUGCAGCAGCGCACAUUAAGCGCUAAUAACUUAAUCCAACAGAACCAUCCGCAGUCCUCUCAGGGUAAUCAGGCUUUACAACAACAAAUGAUCCAACAGCUGCUACGUGAGAUGUCUAAUAACAGUACGGGAGUUCAACAGCAGUCCCUGAGUGGGCAGAAUGUGAAUGGGAGUAUGGCAAGAAAUGGAGUGGGCUUCGGAAGCAACACUGGUGCUGUGGCCCCAGCUGCCUCUAAUGUGUCAGGAAGUGUUGCAGGGCCUGCACCAAGCCGAAGCAACAGUUUUAAAGCUCCUUCAAACAGUGAUUCUUCAGCAGCUGGUGGCAACAAUGGAUUCAACCAGAGAGCACCUGAUUUGCCUCAGAAUCUCCAUUUGCAGGAUGAUAUAGUUCCGGAUAUAGCUCAUGAGUUCACAGAGAAUGGGUUUUUUAACAGUGACCUUGACGAUAAUAUGGGUUAUGGCUGGAAGGCAUGACUAACAUAGUUUGGCCCAAUUAAUGGCUUCUGUUGGGUGAGUAUUGGGCAAAUCGUUGUACAGAAUAUUUGAAAUAGCCGCCCUUUUGUUUUCUAUUGUUUUACUCUUUUUUUUUUUGUUCCCCGGCCUCUCUAAUAUGGCAUAUUGUUGUGACGUCACUUGCUUUGUGCUUCAGUAGGUGGUUUAGUGAUCUUUUUUCUUCUUUAACGUUUUCCCGUUUUCAAGUCUUGCAAGUGUAAUCUAUUGAACGAACUUGAGAACAGUUUCAGUAUCUUAUCUUAUUAAUAUGAUGUUUACAUGCUUCACUGGCCUGUUAGGACGAGUGAUCUUGACUGGCGGGAAGGGGGUAAAUACCAGAUUCUAGCAA